AUGGACGCUAUGAAGAAGGCGCAGGAGUUCACGUCGGUCGCAAAGGAUCUGCAGGAGCAGCUCAAGAACACCGAGAUCGAGGCGUCCGUGCGCGACGGGCAGGUCACCGUGGUGAUGACCGCGCAGCAGGUGCCCGUGAGUGUGACCGUGUCGGAUGAGCUCGUGGCCAUGGGCAGCGAUGAGGUGUCUAAGGCUGUUACUGAGGGCGUCAUUGCUGCGCACGGCAAGAGCUCGGAGUAUAUGAAGGAGAAGAUGGGGAGUUUGACAAAGGACUUUGGCAUCCCACAACCUCCGAUGCAAUGAGGCAAGGGUGCGAGCGUGCGAGCGUAUCAUGUUUAACAAUGGAAUUAUGUAAGCAACGAUAAAGAGACCGCGCCACCGUACGGGCCCGCUA